UUUCUUUUUAAUUUGUUCCUUCGCUACCGUCCUCCUCCUGACCGCUUUCCCUGUGUGCAGCAGUUACCCGCGGUCGGAUUCCCUCCUCCCGCCCGUUGGAGCGUCCGCUAGAGAUCGCCGUUAUCCGUUGGGCGCCGUUGGUGGUGGAACGUCAUCGUCGAAGCUGAUCGUUGGUACGGGCGUCUCCGUGGCUCGUUUUGUGGCAGGGUGGCCACACGCAUCACACUUAAGACACGGGCAGUCACUCACGGCACGAUUAAACCGAUUGGCACACGCGGACAUCGGGAGGGUCGACAUCGAGAAACGAUCCGCAACACGGUCGAUGAUCGUUCCGUGCUCCGGAUUUAUUCGUUUUCGCGUUUAGUUAAAGUAAUCGGCAAGGCGGGCAAACAGAGCCGGACGGCCGCAAGUGUGUCGAGUGUGAAUGUGCAGGUGGAGGAAGAGGAGAAGACGGAUCAGCAGUCGGUGGAUGUACGGAAGGGGCGAGGUGAAACCAUAAUUAAAUCGAAAAAAUUUACUACUACCCUCUGCCGUCGGUGGGUUCCGUUGACCAGGCGCGGAUUAAGUCACCCGAAAAGAUGAGUCAAUACUACUUUCCAAUUGUGUUCAUCGUUCUGCUGGAGAUACUUCGAAUAGCGCAAUCUCAUCCCUUCCUGUUCAACUCCGUCGGUGGCGAGCAGCGGCGACCGCAGGUGGAAUGGAAGGUGCCGGAGGAUAACUGGACGGCGGAAGCGGCACCGCGAAGCAUUUAUCCGUGGCUACAAAAUCAGUACAACAAGCAUCAGCUUCCUCCGUCGGGCGGGUUUCAGCUGGUCGAGGGCGACGAGGACGAGCAGGCGUUGAGGCGUAUGCAGGAGGCAAGGGACAAUGCGACGGCCAGGACGUUGUUCUACUACAACAAGGAAGAGUCCCAUCUGCCGCCGCUGCUGACGAAGACGAUCAAGUACUUCAACCUGCAGCAGGUCGCGUUCGAGCUGGAGACGAGCGUGAUGUCGCAGGUGUCCUGUACGGCUUGCAAAGCCGGCGCCGGUUUGCUGCAGCACUACAUUCGUACGGGCAAGAGCAAGGAGGAGAUCAUCAACAUGAUCUACCAGUACUGCGUGAACCUGAAGAUUCAACACGCACGAGUCUGCGAGGGCGUUAGUCAACUGUUUGGCGUCGAGGUUAUUUACGUGCUCAAACGGAUCACCAUUGGGCCGGAUGAGAUCUGUGGCUUCAUCAUCGGGGAUGCCUGUGGCGAUAUCUACAAUCCGUACCACGAAUGGGAGGUCGAGUUUCCACCCGUCCCGAAACCGGAUCCUCGCGAGCUGGCCCUACCUAAGGAGGGGGCUCCAGUGUUUAAGGUGCUUCACCUUUCCGACACACACUUCGAUCCGUACUACGCCGAGGGCUCGAAUGCGGACUGCAACGAGCCGCUGUGCUGCCGGCUGACAAACGGUCGCCCGACAACGCCAAACGGGGCGGCCGGGAAGUGGGGCGACUACCGGAAGUGUGACACACCCCAGCGGACGGUGGAUCACAUGCUGAACCACAUCGCCGAUGCGCACUCCGACAUCGAUUUCAUCAUCUGGACCGGUGACCUGCCGCCGCACGAUGUCUGGAAUCAGACGAAGGAGGAAAAUUUGAAGGUACUCAAGGAGACGGUCAAGCAGAUGUCGGAGAAGUUCCCCGGUAUUCCCAUCUUCCCGGCGCUGGGCAACCACGAGAGUGCUCCGGUUAACAGUUUCCCACCGCCGUACGUCCAGCAGGUGGACAGUUCCAUCUCCUGGCUGUACGACGAGCUCGACGUACAGUGGAGACGUUGGUUGCCGGCGAGCGUUUCCCAUACGGUACGACGCGGUGCGUUCUAUUCCGUCCUCGUGCGGCCCGGCUAUCGCAUCAUCUCGCUCAACAUGAACUACUGCAACAAUAAGAACUGGUGGCUUCUGCUCAACUCCACCGAUCCGGCCACCGAGCUGCAGUGGUUCAUCUACGAGCUGCAAAGUGCGGAGUUUGCGGGCGAGAAGGUGCACGUGAUUGGCCACAUUCCUCCCGGCCAUUCGGACUGUCUCAAGGUGUGGAGUCGCAAUUAUUACAAAAUUGUGUCCCGCUUCGAGAGCACUAUCACGGCUCAGUUCUUUGGCCAUACGCACUUUGAUGAGUUUGAGGUGUUCUACGAUCCGCACGAUCUUAGCCGAGCCACCAGCAUAGCGUACAUUGGGCCAUCGGUUACGCCCUACAAUGACCUCAAUCCAGGCUACCGAAUAUACUACAUCGAUGGUGAUCACGAUGAAACUACGCGGUUGGUUGUUGAUCACGAGUCAUGGAUCAUGAACCUCAAGGAGGCCAACCUGUACGACUACCCGAUCUGGUACAAGCUCUACUCGACCCGGGCAGCCUACGGUAUGAAGGGACUUCGACCGGCGGACUGGGAUCAGUGGAUCAACAACAUGACGGACAGCAAAGAACUGUUCGAUCUUUACUACAAGCAUUACUGGAAGAACUCGCCCGUCAAACCGGAGUGUGACUACAAAUGCCGUAAGCGUAUCCUGUGCGAUGCCAAGAGCGGUCGAUCGCACGAUCGAAAGUACUUCUGCGAAGACGUCGAGGCCAAGAUCGACGAGAGUAACAAAGGCUGGAAAGAUUGGCUCUUUAGUUCGAUCAGCUCUUCCCGCGGGUCCAAAAGCGACCAAGACGCAGCACUACUGAUGGCACAACACGAACACGAGGUGGCGGAAGCGCACGAGCGCAACAAGAAACUACCCAGCGUACAGCGCGCUGGCGGUUGAAUAUUUUCAUUUUCUUCGUUAUUUUUGCUACCGAAACUAAUAUCAUUCUUGUGCAUUACACGCUGUUAGUUAUUAAGGUUACAUUCGGCCCAAUCCCGCGCCCCGCGGUCUGGAGCAUAUAAUUCUAUGCUAAACUUAUUGUGAAUGUGAAUAAGAAAACCAAUUCUAACCCAAGCCAACACUACACACUCUAUGUAAAAUGGAUACAACACAGUAAUAAAAAAAAGCAAUGUGGCUGCUUUCCAAGG